CAUCUGCGAGCGCCACAGCGGGGCAGUCCGGGCUUGGCGACCCGUGUGCCCGCACCAUGGCCACCCCCGGGCUGCAAGAUAUCCCCCUGCUCCCUGGCUCUCCACGCCGGCUGAGCCCUCGGGCAGUGGCCAGGGGUGGCCAGGGCCUCAAACAAGGACAGCAAUACCUCAAGAUGCUGGGUCCCCGAGCCCCAGGUCUGCAGGGCAGCUCCAACUGUGAUACCAGCCAACUUCCUGGUGAAGAGUGCUCCCAGGGCAGCUCCGUCAUCAACAACUACUUGGACACCAAUGAGCCAGUGUCCUCGGGAGCCCGUGUGAGUCGCAUGCACUUCUAUGACAACCAAAGGAAGGUCGACUAUGUGCUUGCCUACCACUACCGGAAACGCGGGGCGCACCCUGGCCAAGGCUUACCUGGCCAAUCGCUGGCCAUCGUCUCCAACGGGGAGACUGGCAAGGAGCCCCCUGCUGGGGGCUCACAAGACAUUGAGCUGGGGCGGCUGGAUGCCUUGGAGGAGGAGAGGAGGGAGCAGCGGGACGAGUUUGAGCACAACCUGAUGGAGGCUGGGCUGGAGCUCGAGAAGGACUUGGAGAGUAAAAGCCAAGGAUCCAUCUUUGUCCGGAUACACGCCCCAUGGCAGGUGCUGGCCAGAGAGGCAGAGUUCUUGAAGAUCAAAGUUCCCACCAAGAAAAAGAUGUAUGAGAUCAAAUCAGAAGGCUGCAUUGCGAAGAAGUUCAAUGAGAUUCUGCAGAAGCUGAGCUCGCCCCUGAAGCCCAGAGUUCCAGAGCAUAGUAACAACAGGAUGAAAAACCUCUCCUACCCAUUCUCCAGGGAGAAAAUGUACCUGUACAACAUCCAGGAUAAGGACACCUUCUUUGAUAAUGCCACACGUAGCCGCAUUGUGCAUGAAAUCCUGAAGCGCACAGCCUGUUCUCGAGCCAACAACACGAUGGGUAUUAACUCUCUGAUAGCAAACAAUAUCUAUGAGGCUGCUUACCCUCUGCAUGACGGUGAAUAUGACAGUCCAGGGGAUGACAUGAAUGACAGGAAGCUGCUCUAUCAAGAAUGGGCACGCUACGGAGUGUUUUAUAAGUUUCAACCUAUUGACCUCAUCAGAAAGUAUUUUGGAGAAAAAAUUGGACUGUAUUUUGCUUGGCUGGGAUUAUAUACAUCAUUCCUCAUCCCAUCUUCUGUAAUUGGGGUGAUUGUGUUUCUUUAUGGAUGUGCAACCAUUGAAGAAGAUAUUCCCAGCAAAGAGAUGUGUGACCAGCAGAAUGCCUUCACCAUGUGUCCCCUGUGUGACAAGUCCUGUGAUUACUGGAACCUCAGCUCAGCCUGUGGUACGGCGCGGGCCAGCCACCUGUUUGAUAACCCUGCCACUGUCUUCUUCUCCAUCUUCAUGGCACUGUGGGCCACCAUGUUUCUUGAAAAUUGGAAGAGAUUACAGAUGCGACUGGGCUACUUCUGGGACCUGACUGGCAUAGAAGAGGAAGAAGAACGUGCCCAGGAACACUCCCGGCCUGAGUAUGAAACCAAAGUUCGAGAAAAAAUGCUUAAGCAGAAUGACAAGUCGGUUGUUCAGAAACUGGGGACCAACAUGACUGAGAGUGAGGAUGAGGAUGAUGAUGAAGAUAAGCUGAGCUGGAGAGAUCGUUUCCCAGGUUACCUGAUAAACUUUGUCUCCAUCUUGUUCAUGAUUGCCCUGACCUUCUCAAUUGUCUUUGCGGUCAUUGUGUAUCGCAUCACAGUUGCAGCUGCUCUGUCUCUCAACAAGGACACACGCUCCAAUGUCCGAGUGACAGUGACAGCGACGGCAGUCAUCAUCAACCUUGUGGUCAUCCUCAUCCUGGAUGAGAUCUACGGUGCCGUGGCCAAGUGGCUCACCAAAAUCGAGGUUCCCAAAACAGAACAGACUUUUGAAGAACGCCUGAUACUGAAAGCUUUCUUGCUAAAGUUUGUCAAUGCCUUCUCGCCCAUCUUCUAUGUGGCCUUUUUCAAGGGGAGGUUUGUGGGCAGACCUGGAAGCUAUGUUUAUGUGUUCAACAAUUACCGCAUGGAAGAGUGUGCUCCCGGGGGCUGCCUCAUGGAGCUCUGCAUUCAGCUCAGCAUCAUCAUGUUGGGGAAGCAGUUGAUUCAGAACAACAUCUUUGAGAUUGGAGUCCCGAAGCUAAAAAAACUAUUUCGGAAGCUGAAAGAUGAGACAGAACCUGGAGAAACGGACUCUGCCCAUUCAAAGCAUUCAGAGCAGUGGGACCGAGACUACAGCUUGGAACCAUACACUGGACUGACUCCAGAGUACAUGGAAAUGAUCAUCCAAUUUGGCUUUGUCACCCUCUUUGUGGCCUCCUUCCCUCUGGCACCUGUGUUCGCCCUCCUCAACAAUGUCAUUGAAGUGCGGCUUGAUGCAAAGAAGUUUGUCACGGAGCUGAGACGGCCAGAUGCUGUGAGAACUAAAGAUAUCGGGAUCUGGUUUGACAUUCUCUCUGGAAUCGGCAAGUUCUCUGUUAUCAGCAAUGCUUUUGUCAUUGCUGUCACCUCCGACUUUAUCCCCCGCCUUGUGUACCAGUAUGCCUAUAGUCACAACGGGACUCUGCAUGGCUUUGUCAACCAUACCCUCUCCUUUUUUAACGUCAGCCAGCUGAAGGAGGGAACGCAACCUGAAAACUCACAGUUUGACGAGGAGGUUCAGUUCUGCAGGUUUAAGGAUUACCGAGAACCACCGUGGGCCCCGAACCCAUAUGAGUUUUCCAAACAGUACUGGUCUGUUCUGUCUGCCCGUCUGGCUUUUGUCAUAAUCUUCCAGAACCUUGUGAUGUUCCUGAGUGUCCUUGUGGACUGGAUGAUCCCAGAUAUCCCCACGGACAUCAGUGACCAGAUCAAAAAAGAGAAGGGCUUGUUGGUGGACUUCUUCCUGAAAGAGGAGCAUGAGAAGCUCAAGCUGAUGGAUGAGCCAGCGCCCAGCAGGCAGGGAGGGGUGCAUCACAGCAGGAGGAGCCGGGCGGCCAGCUCGGCACCCUCCAGCCGCAGCCAGCCCGGCAGCAUCGCGUCUUCUGGUUCUCAGCACACCAACGUGUGAGCGGCUAGCCAGCCCCACUGCCGAGGGACGCGGCGGCGGUGGCGGCGGUGCGAGACCACGGCCAAGCCUGCCUGCACCUGCGGGGUGCAGUGUCUGCCAUCGGCCCAGAUGUGGCACGAGGGCGUCUUGCAAAGGGUGUGUGUGUGAAGAGAGAGAAUGAACGCGCUCAGGGAGGAAGAGAAAUGAUGCUGCCUCUCAGAAACUUCAAGCUUAAGUUUCUUUUAGGUCCUCUUUUGAGCUGUAGGCUGUCCGGGGAUUGGUACUGCUUUGAGUUUACCAGUGAAAGAAUGGAGCCUCUCUACCCCAGGAUUCCCAGGCACUGAAAUCAAGGAUUUUACGACUUUGAUUAAAUUUAGCUUUCAAUCAUAGCUCUAGAAAUCAUAUCUCUCUCUCUCUCUAUGUAUACAUACUCUCAGAGGCCUAGCUCCGCCGCCCUUCCCCCCCACCCCACCAUAAUCAGCAACCCCCAAGCCAGCAGAGGACACUGGUGGGGACCCAAGUAAUGAUCACAAGGUCUGGAUCUCUGGCAGGCUAAACCAAAGGUCUUGACCUAAGUUAUGUUUUGGUUUCUAAGCCCUAAGAUGGAAUGACCCACUGGCCACCCUCCCAUGAGAAUGGACAGAGGGACACCAGAAAAAGAACUCAGAACUAUCUUCAAGACUUGAAGAAAUGAUUUAUUAUUCUUACCUCACUGACCAACCAGCUCCCAGCAUGACCCUGAAACCCCUACCCACAGUGUCUGGUGAUUUUGCCCUAGAUAAUCUGUAACCUAUACUCUAUCGGAGAGUUGUUGUUUUUAGAGCCUAAGCGUCCCACCUCCAAUUCAAUAUUGGAGUUUGGCCAAUUCAAUAUGAAACCAUUUUUUUUUCUUUCUGUACUGCACAUUUCUGUUCAUGCAUAUCUCUGGGCCAGUGCACACAGUCAGGCAGACUCAAGGAAAAACGGUGGGUGUCUGGUGCAUCACCAUGAGCCAUCCCUGUGUUUCCUCAGGAGCCCUCUCAUGUCAGGUGGCUGCAGGUUAUGACAGAAGCACAGUCAGGGCCCUGUUCUACCUACCACCCAUCAUGAAUGAUCAUCACCCCUCCCCUUCCACUAUCACCCUGAGAAAAUCCCGAGUCACUUGCACCUGGGGUUGUCAGCGCUUCAGCGGAUGCAAAUUAAGAUACAGGGCUGGUUACUGUGGCCACUGGAUCUGACGGUGAGCUGCAAAGUUUCGCACCUGGGCUUAUCUUCAGUUUACAUCACAGGGAUGCUUUGCGCUAAAUGCAACUAACCACCAUUUUAUGCAGAUUCAGAUUUAAGAUAAUAAAAUA